UAGUGGUGGUGGUGGUGGUAGUGGCCGAGUUUGUUUUUGUAUUUUGUAUUUUGUAUUUGUUGUCGUGGCCAAGGCCAGUUUUGUCAUUGAAAAAAAUCAAAAACAAAAACAAAAUUUUUGAUUCAAAAUAUCCAUGGUUAAAUUGAAAUCAGUAUUUGGUUAAUUGCUGAAAAAACAACAAACGAACGAAAACGAAACGAACUAAAAAUGUCAAACAAAAAUAAUAUUGGUGAUGAAAUUCCAUUAGCCGAUGAUGAUGAUACUGAAGAAGUUACCGAUUCGGAUAUGAUAAAAUUAAAUUUAUCAAAUAUAACUGGUAAAGAAAAAUUGGAAAAAAUUCAACAAUUGCAACAACAACACCAAAGACGAAGAAAUUCUGAUGUAACAAAUUUAGCAAGGCCAGAAUCACCAAGUGGUACUAUACGUAUUAAUCAUCAACCACAACCAAAUUCAUUAGAUAUAAAUCAUGAAUUGAAUCCGGAUGAAAUGGAAGAAAAAGAACGUAUGAUACAACAGGUUUUAGAAUUACAAAAUACACUUGAUGAUUUAUCAUUACGUGCUGAAAGUGUUAAAGAAGAAAAUCUUAAAUUAAAAUCCGAAAAUCAAGUAUUAGGACAAUAUAUUGAAAAUCUUGUUUCAGCAUCAUCAGUAUUUCAAUCAACAUCACCAAAACAACGUUCAACAACAUCAACAUCAACAUCUAGUAGUAAUAAUAAAAAUAAUAACAACAUCAGUUGA